UUGCUGUUAGGGGUCCUAUACGUCAUAGCUUGCGAUCUUCGACCAGGCUCCAUAAAAUACACGACUGCUGCUGCUGCACGCGCGUAGGAGAUUGCGUUGCCCCGGAUUCAAGGCAUUCUUGGCCUGGAUAUUCAAUCGACGAAACGUUUCGGAUCUUCGCUCUCUACGUCGUUCGUCUGAGGCCUUGUCGUUGCUUAUUCACUUUCUUCUCUCACAAUCCUCCGCUGCAGCACGCCUUGCUUCUUCUCCCUUUCAACGCCUGGAAGUCUCCGAGUCGUUUAUCAUGGGCAUCUUCUCGCGCCGCCGCAAGUCGGACGACACCGCCGUCACGCAAACGGCCCCAGCGACUGUCGUCCCUGAACUCAGCAAAGAACAAAUCAAGCGCGCAACUCGCACACGCAAAAUAUGGGCGCUGAUCACAUCCUUCUUCCUCUUCAUCACACUCAUCUUCCUGAUCCUUGUCAACAUCUCCGGUGUACGCAACAAGGCCGUUAUUAGGGAUUGGUACUUUAUCCGCCUCGACUUGAGCCAUAUCGUGCCUGCCAGCGUACCGAAUUUCGCUCUUAUCAACACUAUCGCGCAAACGCUGGGACUGCAUGAUUUCUAUCAAGUUGGGCUAUGGGGUUUCUGCGAGGGGUACGCGGGCGAGGGCGUGACAUUCUGUAGUGAGCCAAAGACGCUGUACUGGUUCAACCCUGUGCAAAUCCUGCGCAAUGAGCUUCUUGCUGGAGCGUCGAUCAACCUUCCCGCCGACAUCAACGACAUUCUCGACCUUAUUCAUCUUGUCUCCAACUGGAUGUUCGGUCUCUUCCUCACCGCAACAGUCUUGUCCUUCGUCCUCAUCUUCGUCAUGCCCAUCUCCAUCUACACACGCUGGCUUACCCUCGUCGUCGCAAUCCUCGCCUUCCUCAAUGCCCUCUUCGUAACCGUCGCCUCGGUCAUCGCAACCGUCAUGUUCAUCAUCUUCCGCAACACUAUCGGUGGUGUGGCUGAGCUAAACAUAUCGGCUGAGAUAGGCACCACCCUCUUCGCCUUCAUGUGGGUAGCAAGUGCUUUCGCCAUCUUUGCCUGGCUCGUACAGAUGGGGCUUUGCUGCUGCUGCGCAUCAAGGAGAGAUGUCAAGAAGGGCAAGAAGAGAGGAAACGAAAAGGCGUACCACAUGGACGCUGCUGGCACAGAGGCAGGCGGCAUCAGGGACAGCAACAUGGUCGUCGGCGAAACCAACGAAAAGCCACAAAAGAAAAAGUACCAGUUCUGGAAGCGUGGUUAGGAACCUCUUCCAUCGGCUUCAGACCUCUUCGAGGAUAUUACACGUAUAGACAUCGACUUGGAUAUUGAAGUCCUAAAGGCUAGCCCAUGACACGUCUAGUGCUGGCUACACAAAAAGAGAAAUUUGGAA